GAAUAUGCCACCUCCUUAUAUGAUGAAAAUGCCAAACAUGAAAAUGAAAAGUAAUAAAAUUAUUAACAAUGUAUCAAAUAAUCUAGCAGAUAAUGUAAGAAAUUCCAACUUAUAUAAUGAGGAGGGAAUGCAACCUAAUAAUAUUCAUAAUAAUAUUCAUAAUAAUAUGCAUAAUAAUAUUCAUAAUAAUAUUCAUAAUAAUAUUCAUAAUAAUAAUGAUCAUGGUGGACAAGACAUAAACUGUUCUCCUUAUUAUUUAUCACAGGGUUCAUAUCUACCCAAUAAUAUCAAAAUGAAUAAUAAUGAGAUAGACCAAUUGGAGGUGAAUGGAAUCUCUUUGCCAUCACCUUUUAAUGAGCAACAAAAGAAAAAAAAAGAUAUGAACAACAAAAACAAAAAAGCAAAGAAAUAUCACGAUUUUGAAGGGGAUCAAGACAAUUAUAAUACAGAUGAACGAGACGAAAAUUCGAUGUAUGAUUCAAAUGCAUUUUCUAUUAUAAAGGAAAAAGCUCGAAAAUGGAAAAUGCUAAAUAGUAAGAAAUAUUCGAAAAAAAAAAAGUUUGGUGUAAUAGAAGAAAAGGAAGAAAUGCCAUGUGAGCAUUUAAGAAAAAUUGUUAAGGAACAUGGUGAUAUGAGUAAUAAAAAAUAUAGAUAUGAUAAAAGAGUUUAUUUAGGUGCUCUCAAAUAUAUCCCACAUGCUGUCUUUAAAUUAUUAGAAAAUAUUCCUAUGCCAUGGGAACAAAUAAAGAAUACAAAAGUAAUUUAUCAUAUAACAGGUGCUAUAACAUUUGUAAAUGAAACAUUUGUUGUUAUCGACCCAUUAUAUAUAGCACAAUGGGGUACUAUGUGGAUAAUGAUGAGAAGAGAAAAAAGAGAUCGAAAGCAUUUUAAAAGAAUGAGAUUCCCACCAUUUGAUGACGAAGAACCACCUUUAGAUUAUGCUGAUAAUAUCCUAGAUAUUGAACCAUUAGAAUGUAUACAAAUGAAAUUAGAUAAAGAUGAAGAUAAAAGUGUUAUUGAUUGGUUUUAUGAUUCUAAACCAUUAUUAUAUAAUAGAAAUCAUAUACCUGGUACUAGUUAUAAAAAAUACAAAUUGUCGUUAGAACAAAUGGGAGUAUUAUAUAGACUGGGAAAUCAACUAUUUAGUGAUUUCCAAGAUGAUAAUUAUUUUUACUUAUUCAAUCUAAAGUCAUUUUAUACAGCUAAAGCAUUAAAUAUGGCUAUACCAGGAGGGCCUAAAUUUGAACCCUUAUAUAGAGAUAUAUAUGAAGAUGAUGAAGACUGGAAUGAAUUUAAUGACAUAAAUAAAAUUAUUAUACGUCAGCAAAUAAGAACAGAAUAUAAAAUAGCAUUUCCAUAUUUAUAUAAUAAUAGACCAAGAAAAAUUGCAGUUAGUAAAUACCAUUCACCUAUGUGUGUAUAUAUAAAAUUAGAAGAUAUUGAUUUGCCACCAUUUUAUUUUGAUUUAAUUAUAAAUCCUAUACCAUCCUAUAAAAUUAGAAAGUUUAAUAAAUCUUCUGAAAAGAAAGGCAAUGAACUAUUUGAUGACGAUUUUUAUUUAACAUAUACAAGAAAGGAAAUUUAUUAUUAUGAUCAUGGUGAUGACAACAAAAGAAAGAAGUCAACCUCCAAGAGUAGGAGACAUUCCAAACAUUCUGAUGCUGAUGAUAAUACAUAUGAUAAAGGGUAUCGAAAAUACAGGAAAAGUUCGUCAUCUUAUAAAAGUUUUAAAAGAGAUAAGAGAAAAAGCACAAAUUCAAGUAAUGAUAAUAAAGAUAGUGACGAAGAGGACUAUAAUUCUGGUGUAAGUAGCAUUGACAAUAAUGAUAAUAGUGAUACGUAUAUAUCUAGUAGUAAAUAUAACUCGAACAAUAUGAGUAGUAGGACAAGCAAAAAUAAAGAUGAGACGUAUGAAAUUGAUAGUACGUUGGAAAAUGAUUCCCAUGAUGGUAGUUCGAAAAAAGAAAAAAAUAAAAAAAAAAGAAAAAAUCCAUACAACGAUGAUAAUUACAAAAGUGAUGAUAAUUACAAAGGUGAUGAUAAUUACAAAAGUGAUGAUAAUUACAAAGGUGAUGAUAAUUACAAAGGUGAUGAUAAUUACAAAAGUGAUGAUAAUUACAAAGGUGAUGAUGAUGAUAAAUACAAAGGUGAUAAUAAUAAUAAUAAUAAUAAUUCCCAAAGUGAUAAUAAUAAUAAUUUCAAAAGAAAUAAAAAGAUGAUUAUUAAACAUGUAGAAUAUGGAAUUCUCCCAUUGUUACACAAUUAUCCUUUAUACACAGAACGUACUAUAAACGGUAUACAAUUAUAUCAUGCUCCUUAUCCAUUUAAUAAGAAAUGCGGAUAUACCAGAAGAGGUAUCGAUAUUCCUUUAGUACAGUCAUGGUUCAAAGAACAUAUAUCAACAAAAUAUCCUGUAAAGGUUAGAGUAUCUUAUCAGAAACUUUUAAAAUGUUGGGUUUUGAAUCAUUUACAUUCUAAAAGACCAAAAAGUAUGAAAAAGAAAUAUUUAUUUCGUAUAUUUAAAAGUACAAAAUUUUUCCAAUGUACAGAAAUGGAUUGGGUGGAAGUUGGCUUACAAGUAUGUCGACAAGGUUAUAAUAUGCUAAAUUUAUUAAUACAUCGUAAGAAUUUAAAUUAUUUACACCUAGAUUAUAAUUUUAAUUUAAAACCUGUAAAAACAUUAACAACCAAAGAAAGGAAAAAAUCUCGAUUUGGUAAUGCAUUUCAUUUGUGUAGAGAAAUAUUAAGAUUAACCAAAUCAAUUGUUGAUUCGCAUGUACAAUACCGAUUAGGUAAUAUAGAUGCAUAUCAGCUAGCUGAUGGUAUUCAAUAUAUUUUUGCUCACGUUGGGCAAUUGACUGGUAUGUAUCGAUAUAAAUAUAGGUUGAUGAGACAAGUACGUAUGUGUAAAGAUUUAAAACAUUUAAUAUAUUAUCGAUUUAAUACUGGAUCUGUUGGUAAGGGUCCUGGUUGUGGUUUAUGGGCUCCUUUAUGGAGAGUGUGGAUUUUUUUCUUAAGAGGUGUUAUCCCACUAUUAGAAAGGUGGUUAAGCAAUUUAUUAGCUAGACAGUUUGAAGGAAGAGUGUCGAAAGGUAUAGCAAAAACAGUUACUAAGCAAAGAGUCGAAAGUCAUUUCGAUUUAGAAUUGAGAGCAGCUGUUAUGCAUGACAUUAUAGAUAUGAUACCAGAAGGAUUAAAGAAUAAUAAAGGUAAAGCUAGAUUAAUAUUACAACAUUUAAGUGAAGCAUGGAGGUGUUGGAAAGCUAAUAUACCAUGGAAAGUGGUAGGCCUUCCACUACCUGUGGAAAAUAUAAUAAUUAGAUAUAUAAAAUUAAAAGCAGAUUGGUGGGUUAAUGCAACCUAUUAUAAUAGAGAAAGAAUAAAAAGAGGCGCGACCGUAGAUAAGACUGUAUGUAAAAAGAAUUUAGGUAGAUUAACUAGAUUAUGGCUUAAAGCAGAACAAGAAAGGCAACAUGAAUAUUUAAAAGAUGGGCCUUAUGUAAAUGGAGAAGAAGCAGUAGCAUUAUAUACAACAGCUAUACAUUGGUUUGAAUCAAGAAAAUUUACACAUAUACCUUUUCCUCCUUUAAAUUAUAAACAUGAUACGAAACUACUAAUUUUAGCUUUAGAAAAAUUAAAAGAAACCUUUACUGUAAAGAAUAGAUUAAAUCAAUCACAAAGAGAAGAAUUGGGUUUUAUUGAACAGGCAUAUGAUAAUCCAUAUGAAACAUUAUCAAGAAUAAAGAGACAUUUAUUAACACAACGAGCUUUUAAAGAAAUAUCAAUAUCCUUUUUAGAUUUGUACACACAUUUAGUACCUGUAUAUGAAGUAGACCCUUUAGAAAAAAUAACAGAUGCAUAUUUAGAUCAGUAUUUAUGGUAUGAAGGUGAUUUAAGAAAUUUAUUUCCGAAUUGGGUUAAGCCAUCAGAUAAUGAGCCACAACCACUAUUAGUAUAUAAAAUGUGUCAAGGUAUAAAUAAUUUACAUAAUAUAUGGGACACCAAGAACAAUGAAUGUGUAGUUAUGCUUCAAACUCAAUUUAGUAAAAUUUAUGAAAAAAUUGAUUUAACCUUAUUGAAUAGGUUAUUAAGAUUAAUAGUAGAUCACAACAUAGCAGAUUAUAUAACAGCAAAGAAUAACACUAAUAUAACAUUUAAAGACAUGAAUCAUAUAAAUUCGUUUGGUAUAAUACGUGGUUUGCAAUUUUCGUCAUUUGUAUUUCAGUAUUAUACAAUAAUAAUAGAUUUGUUAAUAUUGGGUUUAACAAGAGCAUAUGAUAUAGCAGGUCCUUAUAAUGACGUCAAUCAGUUUUUAACAUUCCAGAAUGUGCAGAUAGAAACCAGACACCCAAUUAGGUUGUAUUGUCGAUAUGUGGAUAAGAUAUGGAUAUUGUUUAAAUUUACAAAUGAAGAAUCCAAAGAUUUAAUACAGAAAUUUUUGACAGAAAACCCAGAUCCAAAUAAUGAGAAUAUCGUUGGAUAUAAUAACAAAACAUGUUGGCCUAGGGAUUGUCGUAUGAGGAAAAUGAAACAUGACGUUAAUUUAGGAAGAGCAACCUUUUGGGAAAUACAAAACCGUAUUCCAAGAUCGUUGACAUCCUUAGAUUGGGAUCAUUAUAAUACAUUUGUGAGUGUGUAUUCGAAGGAUAACCCUAAUUUGUUAUUUUCCAUAGCUGGUUUUGAGGUUCGUAUAUUACCGAAAAUACGUCAGCUAAGUUAUGGUUACAAUGGCAUAAUGUAUACGUCAUAUAUGAAUGAGUAUCCCCGGGGCGUGGGUAUUAAAGAUGAAACGAGUAAGAAGAAUGGAUUGCUCCAUGACGAUGAGAAGAGUAAAAAGGUAGGUUCAUUGAAGGAUGAGAUAACAAAGGGUACCUCUCAUGUGUACAAAAAUGAAGAGAACAGUGAUAACAACAAAGAUAAUAAUAAGAACGACAAUAGGCAUGAAAAUAUGGUUGAUGAUAAUAAUUACGAUGGUGUUGUGAAGAACAAUUUUUAUAAUUCCAGCGGAGGUGAAAAGAACGUAGUGGUUUCGUCAAGUGUUAAGGAGGGGACGUGGAAGUUACAAAAUGAAAUGACUAAAGAAAUAACAGCAGAAGCUUAUUUAAAAGUUUCUGACAACAGCAUGAAAAGAUUCGAAAAUCGUGUACGUCAAAUAUUAAUGUCUUCUGGUAGUACCACCUUUACUAAGAUAGCAAACAAGUGGAAUACUACGUUGAUUGGUUUGAUGACAUAUUUUAGAGAGGCUGUUUUAGAUACUGAGGAGUUAUUAGAUUUAUUAGUAAAAUGUGAGAACAAGAUACAGACACGUAUCAAGAUCGGAUUAAAUUCAAAGAUGCCAUCUCGUUUUCCGCCUGUUGUUUUUUAUACUCCUAAAGAAUUAGGAGGGUUGGGUAUGUUAUCUAUGGGUCAUAUUUUAAUACCAGAAUCUGAUUUACGAUAUAUGAAACAAACUGAUAAUGGUAGAAUAACACAUUUUAGAUCAGGUUUGUCACAUGAAGAAGAUCAAUUAAUACCCAAUUUGUAUAGAUACAUAUCUACAUGGGAAAGUGAGUUUUUAGAAAGUCAACGAGUUUGGUGUGAAUACGCUUUAAAAAGAAAUGAAUGUCAUAAUCAGAAUAAGAAAAUAACAUUAGAAGAUUUAGAAGAUUCAUGGGAUAAAGGUAUACCAAGAAUAAAUACAUUAUUUCAAAAAGAUAGACAUACUUUAGCAUAUGAUAAAGGAUGGCGAAUAAGACAAUUAUUUAAACAGUAUCAACUUAUUAAGAGUAAUCCGUUUUGGUGGACUAAUCAAAGACAUGAUGGAAAAUUAUGGAAUUUAAAUAAUUAUAGAACGGAUAUGAUUCAAGCAUUAGGAGGUGUCGAAGGUAUAUUGGAGCAUACAUUAUUUAAAGGAACAUUUUUCCCAACAUGGGAAGGAUUAUUUUGGGAAAAAGCUAGUGGUUUUGAAGAAUCAAUGAAAUAUAAGAAAUUAACGAAUGCACAAAGAAGUGGAUUAAAUCAAAUACCUAAUAGACGAUUUACUUUAUGGUGGUCCCCAACAAUAAAUAGAGCAAAUGUGUAUGUAGGUUUUCAAGUACAGUUAGAUUUGACAGGUAUAUUUAUGCAUGGAAAAAUACCAACCUUAAAAAUAUCUUUAAUACAAAUAUUCCGUGCACAUUUAUGGCAAAAAAUACAUGAGUCUUUAGUAAUGGAUAUAUGUCAAGUGUUUGAUUUAAAUUGUGAUUUAUUAGAUAUAGAGACGGUACAAAAAGAGACAAUACAUCCAAGAAAGUCGUAUAAAAUGAAUAGUUCAUGUGCUGACAUAUUAUUAUUUGCAAAUUACAAAUGGGGAAUAUCUAAACCGUCUUUAUUAACAGAUGAGGACCAUAUAUUUACAAAUAAUACAUUAGGUUCAACAAGUGGUACGAAUAAUAACAUUAUGCUUAACAGUAAUAUGAUGAAUAGUAGUAAUAAUAGUAGUAGUAAUAAUAGUAAUAGUAGUAACAAUAUGAAUUCGGUAUCAUUUGGUUCCUUUCCUUAUACAUCUAAUCAAUUUUGGAUUGAUAUACAAUUAAGGUGGGGUGAUUUCGAUUCUCAUGAUAUAGAAAGAUAUAGUAGAGCAAAAUUUUUAGAUUAUACAACUGACAAUUUGUCUAUAUAUCCAUGUUUAACUGGUGUUUUAAUAGGUGUUGAUUUAGCAUAUAAUUUAUAUUCAGCCUAUGGAAAUUGGUUUAAUAAUUUAAAACCAUUAAUGCAAAAGGCUUUACAGAAAAUUGUUCAAUCAAAUCCUUCUUUGUAUGUAUUAAGAGAAAGAAUUAGAAAAGGGUUACAGUUAUAUUCAUCUGAACCAACCGAACCAUAUUUGAAUACCCAGAAUUAUAAUGAAUUAUUUUCAUCACAAACUAUAUGGUUUGUGGAUGAUACGAAUGUAUAUCGUGUUACAAUACAUAAAACAUUUGAAGGGAAUUUAACAACGAAGCCAAUUAAUGGUGCGAUAUUUAUAUUAAAUCCUAAAACAGGUCAAUUGUUUUUAAAAAUAAUUCAUACAUCUGUUUGGAUAGGACAGAAGCGUUUAUCUCAGCUAGCUAAAUGGAAAACAGCAGAAGAAGUGGCAUCAUUAAUUAGAUCAUUACCUAUAGAAGAACAGCCGAAGCAAAUUAUAGUAACACGAAAAGGUAUGUUAGAUCCGUUAGAAGUGCAUUUAUUAGAUUUCCCGAAUAUUAUAAUCAAAGGAACUGAAUUAAAUUUACCAUUCCAAGCAUUAUUGAAACUGAAUAAAAUAGGAGAUUUAAUAUUAAAAGCAACACAGCCACAGAUGUUAUUAUUUAAUUUAUAUGAUGAUUGGUUAAAUAGUAUAUCUUCAUUUACGGCGUUUAGUCGAUUAAUAUUAAUAUUAAGAAGUUUACAUAUAAAUCCACAACAGACGAAAAUAUUAUUACAACCAAAUAAAAACAUCGUAACAACACAACCACAUCAUAUAUGGCCUUCGUUUAAUAAUAACCAGUGGAUACAUUUAGAAGUACAAUUAAAGGAUUUAAUAUUAAAUGAUUAUUCAAAACGGAACAAUGUGCACAUAGCUUCAUUAACACAAAAUGAAAUAAGAGAUAUUUUAUUAGGUAUGGAAAUAACACCUCCAUCGAUACAAAGACAGCAAAUAGCUGAAUUGGAGAAGAAUAAUUUGGAUUUAAUGGAACAACAGAUGAAAGUAACAACAUCAAAAACAACAACAAAGCAUGGAAAUGAAAUUAUUGUAUCAACAUUAUCACCACAUGAGCAGCAAACGUUUACAACCAAAACGGAUUGGAAAAUAAGAUAUUUAGCAAAUAAUUCGUUAUUAUUUAGAACCAAGAAUAUAUAUGUGAAUAAUAAUAUGAACAACAUGAACCAUAUUAAUACUAUUAGUAGUAGUAGUAGUAAUAAUAUUUUAAAUAAAAAUGGCACCAAUUCAGACAAUCAGAACAGCCAUUAUCAUACAAGUAUUAUUAACUCUAUUAAUGAUUAUACAUAUGUAAUAGCCAAGAAUUUAUUGGAAAAAUUUAUAUGCAUAUCAGAUUUAAAAAUACAAGUAGGAGGAUUUUUGUAUGGAUCAUCCCCUGAAGAUAAUUCUUACGUGAAAGAAAUUAAGUGUAUACUUAUCCCUCCACAAAUAGGUAAUUACCAAUCAGUUACAUUAUCGAGUUAUAUGCCAUCUAGUAAAUAUUUACAAAAUUUAGAGUUAUUAGGAUGGAUACAUACACAGACAACCAAUUGUUCGAAUACCAAUAAUCAUUUGACAGCAUAUGAUAUGGUAGCACAUUUGAACUUUUUACAAGAAUGUAAGAGACAAAUGUCAAAAGGGAAAAAGGUUACUGAUGCGAGUCACAAUGAUGAUGAUGAUUAUGACGAUGAUGAUUAUAAUAAUUAUAAUAAUGAAGAUGAUUAUAAUAAUAAUAAUGAAGAUGAUAAUAUUAAUAAUAGUGAAGGUGGUACAAAACGUGACGAAACUUACAAAAUGUGGGAUAAAAAUAAAACUAUAAUACUUACAUGCUCAUUUACUCCUGGUAGUUGUACUAUCAAUGGAUAUAAAUUAACGAGUGAUGGAUAUUCUUUUGCUAAAAGUAAAAAGAAUUCAUCAGAUUUAUAUGUGUUCCCAAAUGUAAAUAAUUUAUAUGAACCAGUACAAAUAUUAUUAUCAAAUGUUUUCGUCGGAUACUUUUUAAUACCUGAUGAUCAUAUAUGGAAUUAUAAUUUAAUGGGAAUCAAAUUUAAUAAUAAUCAAAAAUAUGCACCACAUCUUGAUAUACCACAACCAUUUUAUGCAGAUAUACAUAGACCAAACCACUUUCUGCAAUUUUCUUUGCUUGACCAAAGAGACGCAGACCAAGCUGACGUCGAAACGUCCUUUAUAUGA